GUCCUGCGGCGCGGCUACCAGACGGAGAGGGGCGUCUACGGCUGCCCGCCGAGGACGCCCACGAGCCGGGAGCACCCGGACGGCCCGGCGCGCACCCCAGCUGACCACGGCCUCGCUAGGCUGGUGACGGCGUACUGUGAGCAUGGCCACAAAGCUGCUCAGCUCAACCCGCUCUUCUCUGGCUGCACCCCGCUAGAUGCCAUCCCUGAAAUCCAGACCCUUGUGCACAGUCUGCAGGGACCUUUCUGUACCGCAGGGUUUCUGGACAUGGGGAAGGAAGAGGCCUCUCUGGAGGAGGUGUUGGGCUACCUCAACCAAAUCUUCUGUGGGCCAAUGGCGAUCGAAACUGCCCAGCUUCUGAGCCAGGUAGAGAAAGACUGGUUUGCCAAGCGGUUUGAGAAGCUGAAAAAGGAGACAUUUACCCCAGAAGAGCGAAGACAUCUAUUGAAACUAAUGCUAGAAUCUCAGGAGUUCGACCACUUUUUGGCCACCAAGUUUGCCACAGUGAAGCGAUACGGAGGCGAAGGAGCUGAAAGCAUGAUGGGCUUCUUCCAUGAGCUGCUGAGGAUGUCAGCGCACAGCGGGGUGACCGACGUGAUCAUUGGGAUGCCCCACCGCGGGAGGCUGAACCUCCUCACAGGCCUCCUUCACCUGCCCCCGGAGCUAAUGUUCCGUAAAAUGUGCGGCCUAAGCGAAUUUCCAGAACAUUCUAUGGCCACUGGAGACGUCCUGUCUCACCUGACCUCCUCUGUGGACCUGGACUUUGGUGCAUACCGCCCCGUCCAUGUGACAUUGCUGCCCAAUCCCUCACACCUUGAAGCCGUGAACCCUGUGGCUGUUGGGAAAACCCGGGGCCGGCAGCAGGCUCGACAGGAUGGGGACUACUCUGCAGAUGGCGCCGCUAGGCCUGGGGACAGAGUCCUUUGCCUGCAGGUCCAUGGCGAUGCUUCUUUCUGUGGCCAAGGGAUUGUUCUAGAAACAUUCACACUUUCUAAUCUCCCACAUUUCAGAAUUGGUGGGAGCGUCCACUUGAUUGUCAAUAACCAGCUUGGCUACACCACGCCGGCAGAACGAGGAAGGUCUUCUUUGUACUGUAGCGAUAUUGGGAAACUGGUGGGCUGUGCCAUCAUCCAUGUUAAUGGAGAUAAGCCAGAGGAAGUGGUCCGGGCCACACGACUGGCUUUUGAAUAUCAGCGCCAGUUCCGCAAGGAUGUGAUCAUAGAUUUGCUGUGCUAUAGGCAGUGGGGCCACAAUGAGCUGGAUGAGCCUUUCUUCACCAACCCAGUCAUGUACAAGAUCAUCAGAGCACGAAAGAGCAUCCCAGACACAUACGCCGAGCACCUCAUUGCCAGCGGACUGACAACCCCAGAGGAGGUGUCUCAGAUAAAAGCCUCCUACUACACCAAGUUAAGCGACCACUUGGCCAGCUCAGCCCACUACAGCCCCCCCGACAGCAGCCUGCAGGCCCACUGGCAGGGCCUGGCCCAGCCGGCCGCUCGCAUCUCCACCUGGAGCACGGGCGUGACCCUCGACCUCCUGCGCUUCGUCGGGGCCAGGUCUGUGCAGGUGCCCAGGGAGCUGCAGGUGCAUGGCAACCUCCUCAAGGUGUAUGUUCAGUCCAGGAUGGAGAAAGUGAAGCGUGGGACGCACUUGGACUGGGCCACGGCAGAAGCCCUGGCCUUGGGCUCUUUACUCGCUCAAGGUUUUAAUGUCCGUCUGAGUGGCCAGGAUGUUGGCCGUGGAACUUUCAGCCAGAGGCACGCAAUGGUGGUUUGCCAGGAGACCGGUGACACCUACAUCCCCCUGAACCACAUGGACCCUAACCAAAAGGGGUUUCUGGAGGUCAGUAACAGCCCGCUGUCAGAAGAGGCUGUCCUGGGAUUCGAAUAUGGGAUGAGCAUCGAGAGCCCCACGUUGCUGCCCAUCUGGGAGGCCCAGUUUGGCGAUUUCUUCAAUGGAGCUCAGGUCAUCUUUGACACAUUCAUCUCUGGAGGAGAAGCCAAGUGGCUCCUGCAGAGUGGCAUCGUGGUCCUCCUUCCCCAUGGCUACGACGGGGCUGGCCCGGACCACUCAUCCUGUCGAAUAGAGCGGUUCUUGCAGAUGUGUGACAGCGUGGAAGAGGGGGUGGAUGGGGACACUGUGAACAUGUUUGUGGUGCACCCGACCACUCCGGCACAGUAUUUCCACUUGCUUAGAAGACAGAUGGUGCGGGACUUCAGAAAACCCCUCAUCGUUGCUUCUCCCAAGAUAUUACUCAGGUUCCCUGCAGCCGUGUCAACUCUUCAGGAAAUGGCACCAGGAACAGCAUUCAGACCGGUCAUUGGUGAUUCAUCUGUGGAUCCGAAAAAGGUCAAGACCCUUGUGUUCUGCUGUGGCAAGCAUUUCUAUGCCCUGCUGAAGCAGAGAGAAUCUUUGGGGCCUGAGAAGCGUGACUUCGCCAUCAUCCGCGUAGAAGAACUCUGCCCUUUCCCGUUGGAUUCAUUACAACAAGAGAUGAGCAAAUACAAGCACGCCAGAGAUUUUAUCUGGAGCCAGGAGGAGCCCCAGAACAUGGGUCCAUGGUUUUUUGUUUCUCCAAGAUUUGAGAAGCAGCUGGCCUGCAAGCUCCACCUCGUGAGCCGCCCGCCCUUGGCAGUGCCCGCGGUAGGAAUUGGCACAGUGCACCAGCAGCAGCACAAAGAUAUCCUCACCAAGACCUUCACUUGCUGAUGUCCUUUGAAGAAAGACUACUUCCUAUGAGCAAACUGCCUGCUUCCCCAGCUCUGCCCCUUCCCCUCGGGUGACAUGAAAAGUCCGGCUUUUUCUAGUAGGUUAUGAAACAUGGAUCAGACUACUAAGUUUUAUCCUGAGAAGAACAGCAUUAUGUUUUGUUUAGAUCUGAGUGAGCUGGAGAACCAGGUCGUUAGCUAGGUGAUUGCAGGGCCCACUGGAUUUAAUCACAUAUGACCGGGAAAAGUUCUUUAGCCAGAAUUUAGAGUCAUGUAUGGAUGACCUCAACACUGCUGCUCUGCUUGUUUGAUGUAUGUCACUUUUGUUAAUUUUUCCCUUUCUUUUUCAAGGUCUUAUGGCUAUCAGUAUUUUCAUUUUAUGUCUUCUCUGGCGCCAUUUUCCAGCUACUGUACUAAAUGUUCUACCUGAUACCAGCAAAACAAGAUUAUCUCUGAGGAUUUAUCCAUUGUCCUUAAGCUUAGGUCCUAUAAAAAUACAAUCUUGGGAUGUAUGAUCUUCUAGCCCUGUUUUUUUAAAUUAAGGAGGUUGAACUAUAAGAAAAUUGAUUUAUCAUCUGUUUGGCCAUAAUCUUUUUUUUCCAAGUUGUUCGUGCUAUCCACCCUUCUGAUUUUUAACUGACUUUGGUGUCUGGUAUGGGAAUUCCAGCACCUGGUUAAUCAGUUUUGCCUCUAAAAGUUCCAGCUGCAGUAUGUUUAUUUGUGGUAUUUAAACAACACUGUAACUUUGACAGAGAGACUUUCCCAAUGCUGGGUGUUGGAGGAUUUCUUCGAGGUCCCCAGCUGACUCACUCUGAAGUUAAACCUAGGACUGAUGCCUAACUGAACCACAAACUGUGGCUUCACUGGACUUGAUGCUGUGGAGCCUCCACCAGCUACCAUUUUUGUGGGAUGAUACUGUUUUUCUGAGAAGUGAGGGGAAAUACUGGGGCCAGAAUGUACCCACUCCCUCUCUGCUUUUACCA